UCUGAUGACUCUAUAAUAUAACUAAAACUAGAAUAUUGUUAUUUGUUAUACUACACGACUUUAUUCUCUGGCGUACGAUAUCCCUGAAAUGUUUUUAAAUUGUGGAUUGUUGUGACGUAUAAGUAUCCAUAGAAACCAGAAUAUCAUUUAAUCAGUAAAACAUAGUGCGUACUAUUAUAAAAUCCAAUAAGUCUUAUCAUAAAGUAUACACAAUAUUACAAUAACCAUAAAAGCAUUAAAAUGUCUGUAAGUGCAGCUGAUAAUUUAUUAAUCGAAAAAGAAUUGAAAAUUGUAGUAGUAGGAGAGCCGUCUACAGGAAAGAGUUGUAUCGUGUCUAGAUAUUGCCAUGAUGAUUACACAAGGCAAUAUAUACCAACAUGUGGCGUAGAAUUUUACUUAAAAAGAACACAAAUUCAAGGUCAUAAUGUCAGAAUCAAUAUUUGGGAUACAAGUGGAUCAUCUAAUGGACUUUUAUCAAAAUAUAUUUAUAAUGCUGAUGCAAUCAUACUCGUGUAUGAUAUAACCGACUGUGUUUCGUUUUCGGCUGUGUCAACGUGGUACAAUAAAGCAAUAAGUGUUCAAUAUGAAAAUGUACCAACGUUUGCUUUAUUUUCAAAUAAAUGUGAUUUAGAACACAAAAGAUCAGUUUCUGAAGAAAAGCAAAUAUUAUUUUCAAAAGAAUUUAAAAUACCGAUUUCUCAAUCAGUAUCUGCACGCACUGGUGAAAAUAUAAUGUUUGCUUGGCAACAGCUAGUGGCCGAAUGUUUGGGAUUAAAACUUUCGAAGUUUGAUUUAGAACAACAUUUAGUGAGACCUGUGAAAGCAGAAAUCGAAACAACAAUCAAUCAGUAUAAAACUAUGAUGUCGAAUCAACAGCAAAAUAUGUCAUCUACAAUUUGUGUCAUUCAAUAGUUGAUAGUGUAUACAAAAUACGAACAUACAAUUUGAAUUAAUAUAGCUAAUUAGCUAAACAUCUGUUAUGUGCAUUUUUUGUUGUUUGUUUUUAUUCAUUUAACUAAAACAAAAUAUACGAAUAAUAAUUAAAUAUUUUAAGGAAAA